AUGGAGACCAUUGAUGGAAUUAGAGUAUCUCUCAAAAAUGCUAUAGGCCUACCCUAUGGAACUUUAUUUGCCAUUGACGGGAACGAAAUUGAGCCAGUGCGCGAGCAGGCCCUCCGAGAGUGUCCGUUUUCCACUUCUGAUAUAGAAAAGGAAUCUUUGAUUUCAAAUGAUAACCGCGAUAUUGUUGACUCAAAAUGCAAUCAGAAAUUGGACUAUGAAGACAUCAAAUUAUUGCGAUUUGGUGGCACUGCUGGAAAGGAAAUCAUGACGGAACUUGUGAAAGGAAAUACUAAUUUCAACAAGAAAACAGUCUUUUCACAAGAAAAAUAUUUGUGUAAAAAACGGAAACGUCACUUGGGUUUGUUCACAAUUGAUCGACCAUGUACUCGGGUCCUUUGUGAACUCUAUUCCAAACUGCGCAGAGACAAAUGCCUGUGA